GAAAAGCAAAUAAAUUACCCAAUGUUAUAUGGUUCUACCCGGAAGGGUAGUUCUCACUCGUUACAUGCACUUCGCAGAUGCGUUCUAUUUGUGUCAUCUGACAGAAGGCAUAUUUAUUUUGUCAUUAAGCAUUACGAGUUAAAGAUUGUUAAUCAGUAUCAAUAGUCCAGUCUCUAUAUCAGUGCUCUUCUCGCUGCCUCCCCGUUUUCGCGUAAACCAAUCUCAUAGUCUGUAAGUAACAAAGGUCUUUUGGUUUAAGCCAGACGGAUGAACUUGACCAUGAGCUUUUAGUCAAUUUAAAUCUAGCAUUAAGCUGAGGAUCUGCAUACUAAAGGCAUCGAUCGAUGGGUAAGUCUUCCUGAGGCUCCUUAGCAUAGCCCAUACAUUGCAAAUGUCUUGCGUUUAAUGCUAACAGACCGGAUUCUAGGGAACUCUCGCAUUAUUCCGACAAUGAUUCCCUUAAUUUUGAAAUCUCGCUAUGAGAAAGUGUAUUCUUAUGAAUGUAUACAUAGACCAGGUUUGCAAGCUACGCGUGUUGGGUACAGGGUAUCCACAGUCAGGCAUUCUUAAGUGUAUUAUUCUUAUAAGCUUACUGUGUGCAAUUCAAACUAAAUUAAGCCCACUACAAAUAAUUCUGUUGGCAUAGAAACACGUCAACCACCAAAACUAAGUGAAUAUUUAUAAACAGGGUUGGGAUGUUUGUAACGCGUAGAAACCUAAUGUACGUUAGGUAUUUUUGUCAUACAUAAUAAAUAUUGAUGAUAAACAAAGCAUAUUUUGUAAGACAUUCUGUUUGGAAAAACGAUUGCUAAUACAAUGUCGGAAAACGAGGACUCAGAGUCAUGCGACUUUGCAAAUAUUACGGAAAAAGUCCAGCAGCCAGUACUGGAGCCGGAAGAAAUGGGCAUUCUUCCGCCAAACCAUCCGCUAUUGCGGAAAUUCCAACAAUCUUUGAAAGAGCAUCUGAUGCGUACAAAAAACAAGUUAGAAAACGAGAUUGUGGACAUCAAAUAUGAAGUUAAGGCCAAGGAGGAUCGACGUGAAGAACAGGGACUGGCCUUGUAUGAUAUGCAAAAUAAAAUUACCUUCCAAGAACAACAAAUUAAAGAAAUAUCUGCCCAAAUUGAUGAGCAUAUUGAAAAGCGCCAACAGGAAGAAGCUGCUGUGGAAAUCAUUAAGAAGGAAUAUGAGGAAAAAAUCAAAUUAACAAGAGCCCAAAAAUCGCUGUAUCAUAACCGAAUGAUGGAGCUAGAAGAUCUGCAAAGCUUGGGUAGUAAUAUAAGGAAAUGGGCAUAUGAAGUAGAAGAUGAAGUUAAAAAUGCCAAACGAAUUGUAAGCCGAGAUGCACAAUUGCAAAAGCAACUGUCUGAGGAGAAAAGGAAAUCGGACAUACUAUUUUAUCGACUGGAUAUGGAGGUAAAAAAAAAAGAAGCCGAGCUGCAAUCUAUUACCGAAGACGAAACCGCAAUACAGGAGGUGGUCAAUGUACUCAAUAUGAGCAUAGCUGACGCCAACACUGACUUGGAGGCUCUACAAAAUGAACACAAGCGAUUAACACAGGCCUGGAGUGAAGUCAUCAUAGCAAUUCAGCUAAGAGACAAAAUCUUAUUUCAAGUUCAGGACAAUAUUCGCAAACAAAAAGAGUCAAUAAAAUUGAACUCAAAUGGAAUUGAUGCAGUGAAAAAACAAAUAGCAAGAGAGAUGGUGCUCAAUAAAAAACUGGAAUCAUUUAAGCAACGAAUGGCCGAUGAUAUGAGUACCCUUAGUCGAGACUGUCAACGGGAAGUGGAUACACUAGUCGUGCUGCAGACAAGGCUUGAUGAAUUUCCCGACUUUUUGGCUCGAACUGAAGCUGAUUUGCAAGAAGCCACGCGUGAAGGAAAUAAAUUAAUAUCCGAAAUCCGGCGGCUUGAUUAUGUAUUGGACAAAAAUCACCAAAAAAAAUUUCGAACUGAGGAAGCAAUACUAAAAUUAGCUCAGGACCAACUGAUAACGGAUAAAGCCAGUGCGUAUCGGUUAAAAUUAUUGAAUAAGGCACAAGAACACCGUCGAAACGUGGACUUGUCAUUGUCGAAAGUACAAAAUCAAUUGGCAUUAGCCAUGCUCGAUGUAGAAAAACUACGAAGCGUUCUAUUUAAUACAAGAAAAGAAAAUGAUCAGAUUCAAGAAAAUCUGACUAAGGCAGAAGAAAAAUCAAAUAGCCUGGAUGAGGACUUAAAGAAAAUGCAAACUAAAAUUGAAAUUAAAAUGAAGCGAUUUGAGAAGUUAAACAACCAAAUUGAAGAAGUCCAAACAGUCUUUGGCGAAGAUACUGGAAGUCCUACAGAACUCAAGAUAAAACAAAUCGAAAAAUCCAUUCAAGUCGGUGAGCACCAAAUCAGAGAACAUCAACAAUUUUGGAUAAUGCUUCAAAAUCACUUUGUAAAUUUGACUCACAAAAGAAGUGAACAGUUACAUGAAAUUCAGGUGACUCGAAAACAAUUAUCAAUCAUAAAGCAAAAAUCGCUUAAGGUGGAACAAGAACUGGAAAUAUCUGAAAAUAAGACACGAGAUCUAAAGCUUGACAUACAGAAAUUUACAUCGAAAUUGGAAUUGCUUAACGAAAAAAUAUACACUAAGCGAAAACAUCAUAAUAUCGAGGAGAGCGAAUAUGAGCACGAACAGGCUGAACUGAGCCAAAAACUUAAAGACACCGAGAUGAGCACAUUAAAGUUAGAGAAAGAUAUAAAUGAGUUGCUUAAUGAAAUUGAACUGAGCAAGGAUCUGGUGCUCGAUUACCAUAGAGAAGCUUUAUCUUGGGAAACCAAGCAUAAGCUGAUUGAAGAAACUAUAGAUUGGACUAAGACAGAGCGCUCGUUGAAUGGCGAAAUUGGAGCAAUGAAGGUGGAAAUUCAUAGAAUGACAAUUCGCUUCAAUCAAUUAAAACGCGCACAAGAGAAAUUGGUGCAGGACUUGGAGCAUUGUGUAAUGCAUCGCGAGCAAAUUUUCGUUAAUGCAACUGUCAAAGAACAUGUUGAUGCGAAAAAGAAAAAAUACAAGAACGCAUCACAGGCCCAAAUGAAACUUGAGGAAGUGCGAAACAAGACAAAGGUUAUUCAAAAUGAAAUAACAUAUCUUUCAGAAAACCGGCUCAUGUCUGACAUAAACAAUAUCGAGCGCAUGGUCUACAUUCUAAGAAAAACUCAAAAUGAUCUGCAAGAAGUUACGAAUAAAGAUGCCGGCAUUCGAGCCCAGAUAGAGGAAGCUCUGCUCUCUAAACAUGCCAAUUUGGAACAAAUUAUUCGCAAACAGAAUCGUGCUAAGGCAUUCCGCAGGCUAAGUAACUUGAAGGGACAACAUAAAAUUGUACGCUCCGAGAGUAGCAUUCAAACACAAUUUGAGGGCCAAACUGAAAUGAAUGACACUCUGAUGGAAAUAGUUCAGACCUUAUCGCGUGACUAUCCUGAAAAAAAAUCGUUCUUUGCAAAAAUUAUUCAUUUCUUAAAAGAAUAAACUUACUUUAAAAAUUGAGCAAAA